UAUAUAUAUAUAUAUAUUUUUUUUUCCUCUCUCGAGUCGAGUCUACCCCUCAAGCUCAAAGCCCCUCUCUACUACUCCUAGGCGGAGAGAGUUGCGAGGACUUUGGUUUUUCUUAUUUCCCCCUCUUGGCCUUCCCUCUCUUUUUUCUUCCCUGCAAGGCCUCCCGACGAAUUCCUACAUUCGUAAGCCAUGAAAGCUUAGCUCUCUUAAGCCAGGCCAAAGUUUUCACGUGGGUUUUGACGUUCAAGCUCGUCCAUGGAGAUGGAUUCAGUUGAAACAUAUAAUGACAACGAGUGCAUUGAAGACUUAUCUCUUGACCACUUACAUUCUAUAGGUUCUCCUGAUAUAAGUGAUAUAUUUGGAGAUUCACAGGUAUUCCCUCGAGUUGGAGAUGAAUACCAGGCAGAAAUUCCACAUCUGGUAGCAAAAUCUGACUAUCUUAAGCGAAUAAAGACAACCAAUGCAGAAGUCAUGGUUGAUGUUGCUCAUUCUUUUUGUGUGGGAUUACCAAUCCCAAUUAUGUGGGUCAAUAAUAAUGAAAUUGGUAAGAUCAAAUGUGAAUCACUGGAGUCUCUUGCUGAGUUGGAUAAAAACGGGUCUGUGCAAUCUGUAACCAGCAAAGAUUGCCAAAUAAAUUCAAAUAACAUAGACUCAAAGCUUAAGGUUGAACCUUUGGAUGUUGCAUUGAACCAUGGGAAGGGACUAAGAGAAUCAGAAAACCAAAAAUUUAUGAUGGUAGGUGAUCAGAUUGAUUCAAAGUUUCCUUUGCAACAACAAAACAAAUCUGCCCAGUAUAAUGACAGUGCCAAAGGUGAUUAUCCGGUUCCUGGCUCUUCUAGUGAGCCUUGGAGUGAUAUUGAGAAAAAGAGCUUUAUCCUUGGUCUAUAUAUUUUUGGGAAGAAUCUUGUCCAAGUGAAAAGAUUUAUUGGGAGUAAAGCUAUGGGGGAUAUACUAUCAUUCUAUUAUGGCAAAUUCUAUAGAUCAGAUGGACACCGUAGAUGGUCAGAGUGUCGGAAGAUGAGAAGCAGAAGGUCUGUACAUGGGCAAAGGAUUUUUACAGGAUGGAGGCAACAGGAAUUGUUGUCACGCUUGCUUAUGAAUGUCCCAGAAGAAAGAAAAAGUGCACUGCUGGAGGUCUUUAAGACAUUUGGAGAGGGGAAAUUUUCAUUAGAAGAAUACAUCUCCACUUUAAAAGAUACAGUCAGCAUGAAUGUUCUUAUUGAAGCUGUAGGAGUUGGUAAAGGGAAGCAAGAUCUCACUGGCAUCAUCAUGGAGCCUUUAAGGACCAGUCAGGUUAUUUCUUCUCGUGCUGAAAUACCAAUUGGUAAGGCAUGCUCCUCUCUUACAUCCAAGGACAUCAUCAAGUUCCUAACUGGAGACUUCAGGUUAAGCAAAGCUCGAUCUAAUGAUCUCUUCUGGGAAGCUGUUUGGCCCCGCUUGCUAGCAAGGGGCUGGCACUCUGAGCAGCCUAAGAAUCAUGGUUUUUCUGUCUCCAAGAAUUUGUUGGUGUUUCUUGUACCUGGUGUGAAGAAGUUCUCAAGGAGGAAACUUGUUAAGGGAAACCAUUACUUCGAUUCUGUUAGUGAUGUCUUGAGCAAAGUUGCAUCUGAUCCAAGGCUUCUUGAGCUUGGUGCUGAAGCAGCUAGAGGUAGUGGUGACAAAGAAGAAUAUGGAUGGGAAACAUUGGACCACGAUGGUCUGUCCAAUCGGCAACGUCAUUGUUAUCUUCGACCACGACUUUCAAAUUGUAAUUCAGAUCUAAUGAAGUUUACAGUUGUGGAUACCAGCUUGGUUCAUGGAGAAGGACAAUGCAAGGUAAGAGAACUAAGAAAUUUACCAGUUGACACUACUAAUAGUUCCACAUCCAUAAGUCCUUCAAGAGAAACUGAUAGGGAUACCUCUGAUGAGCCAACAGAUGAGCCAGAUUCUGCUGAUAGAUUGUCAAAUGAUCAAAGGGAUACUAAUAUUUCCAAUCAAACAUGUAUAUCUGACAAGGUAAUACAGUCUGAAUUAUCAGAUUGUGCAGUUGGUCUUGCAAUGCAAGAGACACUAAAAGCUAAAACAGAUCCUGUUAAUGUCCCGAUGAACAAUCACAAAGAUCCAUCUGUCCAUACAUCUAAUGACAAGAAUCAGAGGAAGUGUCAAAUCAGCAGGAAAACAAAAUCUGGCCAAUCCAACUAUUUAGCUCCCAUAACAAAACAGCGAAGGUUAACUGCUUGUAAUCGCACCACAAACAAUUACUCUAUUGGUCCAGGACAAAAACAAGAUGAGCCUCACCGUCAGUUAGACUCACCAGAUGCAAGUGAAAACAUGGUUUCUCAAGUGGGCAUGUCUUUAGAUAAGGCUUCAUCCACUAGUUCUUCAGCUAAAGAGAGCCCAAUUGAGCACAAUGAAGGCAUUGUUAGCCAGAACUUUUUUGGCACAGAGCUUCCUCAUGAGAAACCUCAAACCCGUGCUUUGAUUGACCUGAACCUACCUCAUGUCCCACCAGAUUUUGAAACUGAUGAAUCCUUCAUGGAGGUGGCAGACAGCCAAGAUGACCCAAGUGCAAAGGGGUCAUCCAUCCCAUCUGAAAGGCAGCACACAGAGGAGUCAGAGGCUUUAAGACUUAAAAGUGUUGCUAUAGCAGAAGAGCAACCUAUUGCAAAUGCUAGGAGGCACAGCACAAGAAACCGGCCAUUGACCACCCGAGCAUUGGAAGCUCUUGCUUGUGGUUUCUUUAACACUAAGCGGAGGAGGAGGGGACCGGAGGCUCUGUCCCAUGAAAACUCAAUAUCAAGACCUUCCCGGCGGGCCCGUGGCAAGGUUGGAGUUUCUACUAGAAUUGUGGAUUCUAAGUUAGAAGAGGGGGUGGUGGAUGGUGAGUCUAGUACAAGCAGCAAGGUGAUGGAUUUGGAAGUGCUUAAUGAGUUAUUAGGGGUCCGUAAUCCUGCCUAUCAUCCUGAAGUUAUGAUGUGUAAAGAUAACAUGUCUGGUUAGGUGGUGAUUUGCUUAUCUGAGUUGAGGAUUGGGAAGUGGUCCCAGUGGUUGAAUUACCUAUAAGCAUGAUGCCACUAGUUCUACCAGUAUUCUCGGGAGCAUCACUGUUUUUUGUGUGCUCCCAUUGACUCGAAUAUUUACCAAGAGUAUAGGAACCUUUACAUUUCUAGCUGGCUGUCAUGCUUGGUUUGGCCACAAAAAUGUUGCAAAGAGUCUGGUAUAGUGGUGCUUGAGAACAGGUUUUGCACAAUUGAUAUAGCAGCAUGGAAGUUGUGAAAUGAGUUAACAAGAGAUGAUGAGAGAUUUCAGUUGGAGUCGCAAUGCUCCAGAAAGAACAUUUGACAGAUAUGAUACUUCUUAAAAUCAACUUGCAGUCUGUUAAGGGGGAUUGAAGAAAAGUUGCUGCAUGUGAAAUGAGGAAUAUCAAAUUUUGAUUCAUUUGGUUCUGAUUGCAUUUCUGCAGCUGGUUGGCCCCAUUAUACAAAUUGGUUUACAUAAUCAUCCAUUCCUGCAAUGUUGUAACUUGUAAGGAGUUAUAAUUUCUCCCUUCUAAAUGCUUCCAUGUAGUAUAUAUCAUUUUUUUUUUCUGGGGGUUCUUUUUUUCCCUAUUCUUUACCACUACAAAGGAUUCAAGAAUUGGACAUGAUGGUAUCAUUUUGGCCCUGUUUUAUGUGUAACCAUGACAAUUGAACAAAAGACCAUCAGGUUUCUUUGACGAGCCAGGAGUCCUGCUGCAAAGUCUUUUGUCCUUUCUAAAAGGCUUAAGUAAAUGGUUCACACAUUGACAA